AGAGCAGAAUAACAAACAAUGCCCACUUUGUGCACUCGCCUCUGCCUUUAGCAAACACAGCAAGUGCCUGCUUUGGAAAUACGUAAUUUCCCCUGUUCACUGUUCAGUGCCGCGGGCCAAUAUUUCGGAUCCAGCUGUCCACUCUGUUAAUUGUUUUACGCUGGGCCACCGAGGAUACCCUUCGGCGCAGCAGUCACUGAUUACAACAGUCCCUAUUGCGUUCCAGGGCCUGAAACUUCUGCUGCCGCGCAGGGAACUGGUGUCAUAGCCAGAUAUUAGCUCAUUUUCAAAUUGGAUAAAAAUUGAAUCCAUUUGAGCUUCCCUUUUAUUCGGGUUAAAAUUGAAACAGCAAUUGUGACGUUGUGAUCUUUAGAGUUGCGCUGCAAAAGUGUUAAAAUGUGGAAAAACAACAAAUACGUCAUCCACACAACGGAAUCGGUGAAGCAUACACUUCGUGGAGGUCGACCGCAUGCUGAAGUAAUCAGUUCUCAGGUGUUGUUUUGAGAAUCACCGAAAAUGAAAGGCUGUUUCUCGGCUCUCUUCUUGGUCUUCCUGACCUGCUCUUGGGUCACAGGAAGACAGCAGUAUGGUUCGAUUCCUGCUUCUCCAUGCCCACGACUGUUCUACUACUACUUAGACAACAGCCAAGUGUUUGGAGCGCUUUUCAUCCCGCCCCCUCAAGACAGUACGCAAAUCAGAGUUAUGGUGCGAUUUCUCAUCCCAGUUUAUUUUAACUCAAAAUAUGUAGGUAGAAUAGACCUCAAAGACGACAAAGACUUUUUGAUCAGCAGGCUGCUCCAGGGAAAUAGGCAAUCAAUUUAUUACUCAGUGCAUUUCCCUAUCCAAAAUCCACUACCAAUUUUACUGGAAGUUAGCGCAAAUGAAGAAACGCUAUGCCAGCAGGUCCCUGAAGCCAUGACUGGUGGAUAUACAACCAUAACCCUGACUCACAUGCUGACCUCACCCACACGUAUAACAUUUGCACCUAGUGUCACUGAUUCUGAUUUACCUGAGUCGGCAAUUCGAGUCCAAGCUGAAGAGCAACCACAAGAGCCUCAGCGACCGCCUGUCUCCAGUAACAAGUUUUUCGUAACAAAGCAACCUGCUCAUACCACAAAAAAGGAGACCGCACCUCAGUCCUUUCUGAAAGACGAUUGUGGCAUACCAGUAGCAACUAAUCAGUUAGUCAUCAAUGGAAAUUCGCUAAGAAGAGGAUCUUGGCCAUGGCUAGCCGCAAUGUUCGUCACAACUGGAACAGGCCAGAGAUUUCAGUGCGGUGCUACACUGAUUUCCAAACAGCAUGUUAUAACUGCCGCACACUGCGUUUAUAAUGUGGAAAGCCAGAAGCAAAAAUUGAUUGAACCAAGAAGCAUCGUCAUAUACCUAGGCAAACACUACCUUCUCGACUUCACUGAAAGCUACGUGCAGGCCAAAGGGGUUUCAUUGGUAAAAGUGCACCCAAAGUACCGGCAUGGAGUCAGCUCUGAUAACGAUCUCGCUGUACUCGUUUUGAGCAGCCCAGCAGAGUAUAGCUUUACUGUGCAACCUGCCUGUCUGUAUAAUUCGUGGCUUGAAUAUGAAGACGAUGGAAAGGUGAUCGGUUGGGGCAGAGAUGAGAACGGAAACCAAGUGUCAAGCGAGCCUAAAUUGGUUUCCUUACCAAUAGUGAGUCAAGAGGAAUGCCUUCGAAGCCAUCGAAAUUUUUAUUACAUCACAUCAAACACAACCUUUUGUGCGGGGAAACGAGAUGGUUCUGGCCCUUGCAACGGAGACAGCGGUGGUGGAUUCUACUCCCAAGCCAUAGGCAGCCCUGGACAGUGGUUCUUGCGAGGAAUGGUUAGUUUAUCCUUGCAGGACUCGACAACAGCCUCGUGUGACCCAAAAAACUAUUUUGUGUUUACGGACCUAAGCAAAUUUGCAGACUGGGUCUCAAGAGAAACAGGCGUUGCAGUAAAUCGCUGAACACGUUCGAGUUCACAGGACAUAUUUAUGAAUUUAAGACGGGUUUCAUAAAAUUUAUGAAUUUUAUAUUUUGAA